UUACCCCCUGCACUUGGCAGCCUGGAAGGGAGAUGCUGAUAUAGUGAAGCUCCUCAUCCACCAGGGCCCUUCGCACACCAAAGUGAAUGAGCAGGUCUGCCUGAUUUUCUCUAAUGUAUCAUGGAAUCACUUCCCUGGCAUGGAGAGAGACUCCUUCAGCUGAACCCUGACCCUUCCCAAACCAAUUGUGAGGUUGUGAAGUCCUUGCUGGUGGGAUAAGAGGGGCACUGCCUAAAGCAAUACAUUCAGUUCUGAGUUAGUGCUAGGAUGAAAAGGUAUUUAAGUUUUAUAGAGAGACGCAGAAAUAUGAGAAUUGCUCAACACUUAGGAAGUGGUCUCCUGCUUCUGGGCUUCUAAAACUAACCCACAGUUUUCCUUUCAGCUGCUGGAUAGCUGAGCAGGUUUCUAGUUCUGCAGAGGAUCCAUUGGCUCCCUCCUUUGGGAAUUAAUCCAAGCAGCUUUGUUCAGUCUCUUUGGCCGUGCUCUCUUAGCUGCUCUCCUGGCUUGUCUCUGGCACUUGCUCCAGUUCACUAAUUUGUAAGUUCUAAGAUAAUUUUAAAGUGUUAAGUCUUGCCCUCAGAUAAAUCCCUAUCUUAAUCUUAAAGAAUUAUUUUUGCAAUAAGGCAAGAAAAAAAAAAAAACAAACCUCUUGGAUUUGUUCAUUUUGUUAAGCUGACAGUUUUGGUCUGAGGUGCAGAGGGGGUGAGGACUAUGAGACAGCUGUGUCUACUACAGAGGGCUGGCUCCUGUGGAACUGCCCCAUGGGCAUCAGAGGUAUCCUAAAAUUCUUGGAAACUUCUGAAAUGCUACUGCUGGAAGGCCCAGAUAUUCCUGUUGUUGCAGAGUUUUAUUUACAGGAACUGGUUUCAUGAAUGAGGCCAGCUCAGUGCUCCCUGGGUGAGUCUGGCAGACACGGAGUGACAGGCCCAAAUCAGGUGGCUAAAGCUGCAGUGGGCUGUGGUUGUCCUGUCCCUAAGGCAGGAACAUCUGAUGUCCCUGUGAAUCAACUCCCAAAUCACUCAGCUGUUCUUUCAUGAGGAAAAGAAUAAACCAAAAUAGGUCUCCCUGCCUUGGUGCUAGCUAAACCUGGAUAUUUGUUCCAGAGGUAAUUCCCAGGUAGGUCAGACAUACCUGGCCUGAGUUCAGCUCACAGUCAAGGUGAGCAGCUGGGGAGUCCGUGCUGUUGAUUUGCUCCAUAGUAGUUUUUCAGAAGGCUGGGGAGAAAACUCCUUUCAGAGGCAGCCUCAGGAGUCCCAGUCCUUCUUUAUGGGGACCCAAGUGCCACUGAAUUUUCCCAGGACGGGUAACUUGAUGCACCAGGCUGCCCCAGGGAUAAAUGCUGCUAAAACAUCAUGGAAUGAAAAAUCUGGUUGUAGUGCAACUCUCUAUCAUUCCUUAUUCCAGGAAUAAGGACGAAUGUGUGUUCUGAUGUCUCUGGUGACAGUUUUCCAGUUUGGGGCUGUGGUUAAUCAUGUCUACAGGCACAGCUUGCAGGCACUCUGAUUACACAGGCUUGAGUGCAGGUAACCUUUUUUAAUCAGACAAGAACUGAGUGAGAGCCCAUAGUGUAAAUGUGCUGCUCUGAGUAGGGCAGCUAGAGGGGUGAUCUUUGCAGAAGAUCCAGAGCUUAGUAUGAUCCUUGCAGGUAAUGUUUCAUUAAUGUCUGUUUAGUAGGAACCCUGUUAAAUGAGAGAAGUCAGCUGAGGAGCCUGUGCUUGGAGCCUGGUCCAGGUUACAGCAAUCCCAGCUGGAAUGGCUUUUACUGGCCAUGGCUCUGACUGGAACAAGAUGCUAUGUCCUGGCGUUCCACCCCUUGGAGUCACCCAUUGCUUUGUUGCUGUAUCUCACCCAUUUCAUUAUCACAUUUUUUUCUUUUUCCUCUUCCUUUUUGUAGAAUGCUCUUGAGAUCAAAGAACUCAAAAAGUACGGCCCCUUUGACCCAUAUAUCAAUGCCAAGGUGUGUACUUUGCUGUCAGCAUUUCACUGCAUCAUCACUCCAAGCUGCACUCGCGUGCUUCCAGGUGCAAUAAUACCUGUUCACUUCGCAGCUGCUUGGGCAAAAGGAAAAUGGGACCAUUGAUUUACUGUGGGUUUCUCUCUUCAAAGCAGUUAUAGAAACAUAAUUAAAGGGAAGCUUUUCCUUACUUUCCUGGGGGCUCCUUCCUUGCUUAGCCUUGUAGGACUCGCAGUGAUGGUCAGUUUGCUUGAUUGGGCUGGAUGACUUCCCAAAGGUAAUGUUACUUCAAUUAAAUGUUGUAGGUUUUGUUUCAUGUGCUGAUGUUGCUGAUAAAUGCAAAGAGAAGGAAUUUUUUUUCCCCUGCUUAACCAUGGUUGCAUUUUCUCUGUGGGCUGUUUGGAGUGAAUUUUGAUGCCUUUUCUCCUACCAAAUGCAUAAUGCUCUGUGUGUUGUUUGAGUGGACAGUUAAUUCCUGUGGUGGUGGUGGGGAGAAGGGAGGGCAGUGAUGUUCCUGCCUUCCUUCCCAAGUCCUCCAUGCCCUGCUUAUUACAUCAGUCUCUCUAUUAAUGUUCAGUCUGUGGUGUUGUUUGACCCUUCAGCUGUGGUCUCCUGUUCCUGUUUUCUGGCCUGUUUUGCUCCUCUCUUGUUUUCAGUUGUUUCGAGCUACAAAAGACACAACAUCAGCUUGUGCAAUGUGCUGAGACUGAGCUGUUGAAGAAGCAGAUCAAAUGGUGGUUUCUCAGACACCAUUUUUCAGUUUUAUUUCUAGUGAAUCUGCAAGCCAGGUGUGGCAGAUAAUCUAUUGCUCUGUCCUGAGACACCUCUGCCGUGAGCCACUGUGCCACAGCUGCUUCCAGCCAGUUAUUUUGGAUCCAGCCAUCCAUGGCAGAUUUCUGUCUUGCAGAGUUUCCAUCUGCUCGGUCUGCAGGACCUUAGAAACACACAGCCAGAUCUCCUGUGCUUGUGGGGAGUUAGGCCUGGCUUUGCAGAGCCCUGUUUCAGGGUCCAGUGCCCACCCUCUGAGCACAAAUGCUCAGAGUGAAGCUAAUCCAAAUCAGGAAUUUUUCUAUAAAUCCAGGUGGGAAUUUUAUGCCUUUAUGUCUUCUGUGAAAACAUCAUAGUUGAGCAGUUCAGUUGCCUGAAAGGAGCUUCCUAAAAUAUUGUAACCAAAUAAAAUCUUACACACUCCAGUUUUGGGAUGUUGAAUGAAGAAGGAAUGUAAAGAGGGAAUAUCCAGGGAGUUCCCUUUUUUGUGAAUUUUUCUUUACAGAGUCUGCUAAUUUGGGUUUUAUACUGUGGAGAAGUGCAUUAUUUAAAGCCUCAGUUCAGUGUUCACAAUGGCUGAGGUGCUCUCUAGAGCAAGACAAGAUUUUGGGAAUCUUUGCUUUGGUUUUGAAAAAGAGAGAGAUGAUUUUCACACAGUUGUUGAGUUCAUCACAAGUUCUGAGCAGUUUUGCACCAGUUCCUGGCCAGGUGUGAUAAAGAGCCUGUGGAGUUGUACAUGUCACAGACUCUGGUGUUUUCUCAGGAGCAGCCAAACAAAGGGUUGUCAAUAGGGCAGGACUCUGCUGGACACUCAGACACCGACAAAAAUCCUACCAAGGAGUCUUAGAAGUAGGGAGGGUGGGACUGAGGGGCCAUGAAGCCACUUUCCCCAACUCUGGGGCACAAUCAUUUCCUUACACCGUUCCUGACCAGGGUUUGCCCACCAACUUCUCAAAAACCUCAGAGAGGGGCAGCUCUGUGGCCUUUCUUUGGCAGUUCAUUCAACCUUUCAGAUCUUUGCAGGUCAGAAAACUUUCCCUUAUUUAAACCAAGUCUCCGUCUGCUCACUUGGAGCCAUCUCAUGGUGUGUUGGGAGCAGGGGGUGCAGAACGGACACAGCUCUUGAAGGGGCUGUGGAUUCUCCACUUGAGCAUGUGAUGAGGAGCAGCAGGGUUGUGUGUGGUGAGUGGUAUCACAGUACCAGGACUUGAAACCUGUGCUAGAGCCCGUAAGAAAGCAGAGCCAUCCCUGCUUGUGUCCUGUUUGUGCUCUGCAGACGGGCAUUGCUCCCAACUCCUCUCUUCCAGCUGAGAGCUGGGGAAAUGCAAGGAUUUCUGCAGGAAUGCAGCCCCUUGGCCCUCCUGAGUGCUCUAUUUUUCUAACUAAUUCUGAAAUUUGAAGCCGUGUGCCUUCUGUCUGUUGGAAUGGAAUUUUGCUUUUCCAUCUCUGAUACAUCUGUAGGUCUGAGCACUCCUGCUCACUAUUCUGGUUUGUGCCUGGAGAGGUGACGCUGGAAGGGAGCAAACUCCCUUGCCUGGAAGAACUAUAGUAUUCUUGGCUGCUCAAAACUCCCAAGAUGGAGGCAAUAAAGACUCAGGCAGUAGUGGGAGUUUCCACUGCACAGUCUGGAAUUGGGAGAGACUUGCUGUGAUGAUUCAGGGGAGUUUUACUGGCUGGUGAUCUCUGCUGCAGGAGGAAAGUCUGGGGAUUUUGCCUCGGGUAUUGGAGCCCCAAUCUGCUUAAGGAAAAUUGGAUUGAAUUGCAGAGAAGAUGAGGGAAGUCUCUAACAAUUACAUUUUUAAAUGAUGUUAUGUUGCCAUUUCUGAGCUCUCAGGCAGGUGCUGGGAGCUGCUGCAUGCUUUAAAGCCCCCUGAGUGAUACAUACACUGUGCUAGGGAGAAGGGAGAGGGGGACAGUCCUAGCCAAGGAAAUCCCCAGUAGCCAGGGCUGGCAUUGGCCUGCUGUGUGCUCCCACAGCUCUGGGGCAGGGACCUGCUGCUCAGAGGGGCUGGGGUCAUCCAGUCUUUCCACAGUGCUUGGCAGUGAGGAUCCCUCGUGCCACAGGGCAGGAUGAGAGCCUGGGCCCAGCUGCCAUGGGCUCCCUGAUCCCUGCUUUCCCGACCCUGUCAAACAGAAAUAAUGGGAUUUGCCAAUCCUGUAAAUGCCCGAGAGCAGCAGUGUGAGCUGACAGGCAGGUGCAAGCUCUGAUGUUCUCUACUCUGUCCCCUCUCACUCCAUUUGUAUAUUUCUUGUGCAGAUUUCUGUAUCCUGCAGUACCCUUUGUCCACGUGUAUGUGCCUCCCCCCAUGAUAGAGCCUGGAUCUUCCGUGCUGGCAGUGAUGCUUUGCCCCCUCCCCCUGCAUGUGCCUGAUUCUGCCUCCUUCCCUCACUGCCGUACCAAACUGCAGCUGCCCGAGCCUCUCCCAGCUCCCAUUCCCCUCCUGCUUUGCCUGUGGCUGAGAGGUGAUGCAAAAGCCAGAUGCAAACAGCUGGGGGAUUGACAUGGACUCCUGAGAGCCUGAGAGGUUGAACACCUCAACAGGAUCCGAGUGCUCGUGCAGCCUCAUGGGUUUGUGACAUGGUGCAAAAUACUGAGCAGUGUCCCAAGGCAUAAGUGUGCUCUCACAGCAGGCAGGCAGGGAUCAAAUUCCCUUCUGCAGUGGUGCUGCUGCCUCCAGCAGGACAAGAACAUUCUGUGUAUUUUAUUGGAAAUGUUGUUAAAAUGACAAAUUCAACCACAGUUAUUUCAGUUGAAGUGUGUAACUGUUUGUAUUAAACAUUUUUUGGGGAUUAUAUUGUUGGAUAGUUGUUUCUAAAAUGCUUAAACCAAAAUACCUCUGUGGGUGGCACACAAUAGUAAAACUAGAAACUUGAGGCAAACUUAAUUUGAGAAAAGGCCCUGUUAGAUCUGGCCAUGUUCCUGUUUUGCACCUACACAUGCGGGGUGUUGGACUGCUCAUUUUUGGGCUUUGCAUUGCUGGUUCUUAGCCUGGCUGCUGCUGCAUGCUCUCGUUUGGGUCUGGCUUCCAGCUGGGGGUGCUCCCUUGUGGCUGAGACCUGAGCCCUGGCUCGUUCCUGCAGUGGUGGAAUUGCACGGCUCUCUGGUUCACAAACUGCGUGGGACUGGGUGCAUCCUUUCUCUAAACAGCCAGAAUUGCAGAGGUGGAAUGACUGUUAUAAGUAGGAUUUGAAACAAUUGAAGUUGAAAUAUAAAAUGAUGAUGAUGGAGCUCAGGCAAAUACAAUUCACACAACAGGUUGCCUGCCUUAUAUUCUGCUUUUUGUUCUUGUGGCACCCUGAAGUGUGGAUGCUGCCAGGAUACGAGACUGGCUUCCCCGGGUGCCUGCGGCAUUAAUGAGAAUCUGGAUACAGCUCAACAUCCCUUAAACUUCAGCUUGGCCCCUGGAUUCUGACCCUAGUACUUGGAAAGCAGGCUGGUCCACCUGCAGUCCCUCUCCCACAGCUGAAGUGCUUUGUUCUGGACAUCCCUGAAGCUGUGGCUGGGCUGGCCAAUCAAUGAGCUUGUGAGGGGGAUGCUAAACACCCAGGGAGAUGAUGAAACAUUGCUCAGGCUGGUUCAGACUGGACUCUCUGCUUCCCCACUGCUUUUUUUGUCUUGUUUUUUGCAUUUGAACUUUAAUAUUGGAGCGAGGCGCGGGGUGGCCGCUUUCUCGGCCCUGACGUGCUGCCGCUUGUGCCCCGCAGAACAACGACAACGAGACAGCGCUGCACUGUGCGGCCCAGCAUGGCCACACCGAAGUGGUGAAGGUGCUGCUGGAGGAGCUCACUGACCCCACCAUGAGAAACAACAAAUUUGAGACACCCCUGGACCUGGCUGCGCUCUAUGGGAGGCUGGAAGUGGUCAAGAUGCUCUUGAAUGCCCACCCCAACCUGCUGAGCUGCAACACUAAGAAACACACCCCGCUGCACCUGGCAGCCAGGAACGGUCACAAAGCAGUGGUCCACGUCCUCCUAGAUGCUGGCAUGGACAGCAACUACCAGACUGAGAAAGGCAGUGCUUUGCACGAAGCUGCUUUGUUUGGCAAGACAGAUGUGGUACAAAUAUUGCUGGCUGCAGGUAUUGAUGUGAACAUAAAGGAUAACAGAGGCCUGACUGCUCUGGACAUUGUGAGGGAGCUUCCUUCCCAGAAAAGCCAGCACAUAGCAGCUCUCAUUGAAGAUUACACCAUUGGGAAGAAAAGUGCCAAAGCUGUGGAGAAAUCUACUCCAGCCCCGCUCGCUCCAGCCACUGAUCCCUCAGGCCAGAUGUCUCAGGGUGAUGUGGACAAAGCUGUUACAGAGCUGAUCAUCGAUUUCGAUGUGAACCCCGAAGAGGAGAGCCCAUACGAAGCCUUGUACAAUGCCACGUCCUGCCACUCCCUGGAUAGCCUGGCCAGCGGGAGAUCGUCCGACCGGGAAUCUGUGAAUAAAGAAACUGAACCAAGUGGCCUCAAAGCAGCCGGAGUCAGGCCUAGAGAACGUCCUCCCCCGCCGGCCAAGCCUCCACCUGAUGAAGAGGAGGAACAGAAUGUGGAGAAGACAGGCCAGAGUGCUCCCUGCGAGGCCUCUGCUGCCCGGGGGAAGAGCAGGGGAAGUGGAACUGAGGAAGAGGAACACCCCUACGAGCUGUUGCUUACAGCAGAAACUAAAAAGCCAGUUGCAGUGGACAGGAAAACAAAAGACCACAGGAGGAGCAGUGGCAGCCGCAGCCAGGACUCUGCUGAGAGCCAGGAUAUCCAGGUGCCAGAGCAGUUUUCAGGGUUGCUCCACGGCUCUUCUCCAAUCUGUGAGAUAAGCGAGGACCCUUUCAGGCUCAUUUCCUCUGCGGAGAAAGGGGACACGGAAACCACGAGCCACCCCGCUGCUAUGCAGCUGGAGGAUGCUGAGUUACCCUCGUCAGGACCAGCACGGAGCAGUUCCCUGGACCCCACGCAGACAGUGGUGUAUGCCACGGUGCAGCACGUCAGCCGGGCGGAUCCCGCGGCCGUAGUCACGCCCUACGUGCCGCAGCACCCCAGCGGUGCUGAGCCAGAGGGGGACAGAGCUGUGGGCAGAGCCCACCCGGGCAGCAAGCCCAAAGCCGAGCUCAAACUCAGCCGCAGCUUGUCCAAGUCGGACUCUGACCUGCUGACCUGCUCCCCGACGGAGGACGAUGCCAUGGGGAGCCGGAGUGAAUCACUCUCCAACUGCAGCACUGGGAAGAAGCGGCUGGAGAAGUCCCCAUCCUUCGCUUCAGAGUGGGAUGAGAUUGAAAAGAUCAUGAGUUCCAUCGGUGAAGGCAUUGACUUUUCCCAGGAGCAGCACAGGAUCUCAGGUUCGCGGAUGCUGGAGCAGAGCGUCGGGGAGUGGCUGGAGUCCAUCGGCCUGCAGCAGUACGAGAGCAAGCUGCUCCUGAAUGGCUUCGAUGAUGUUCGCUUCCUGGGCUGUAAUGUCAUGGAAGAUCAGGACCUUCGGGAUAUCGGGAUCGGUGACCCUCAGCACCGCCGGAAGCUGCUCCAGGCUGCUCGCUCCCUCCCAAAGUUGAAACCCCUGGGCUGUGAUGGGAAUAGCCAGCCAUCAGUUCCUGCAUGGCUUGACUCCCUGGGGCUGCAGGAUUACAUCCAGUCCUUCCUUUCGAGUGGCUACAGCUCUAUCGACACUGUGAAAAACCUCUGGGAGCUUGAGAUAGUAAACGUGCUGAAAGUGAACCUGCUGGGCCAUCGGAAGAGGAUCAUCGCCUCGCUGGCAGACAGACCCUACGAGGAGCCACCAGCCAAGCCACCACGAUUCUCACAGCUGAGAUGCCAGGACUUGAUGUCCCAGGCAUCGUCGCCCCUGAGCCAGAACGACUCCUGCACAGGCAGAUCUGCUGAUCUCCUGCUGCCCUCCGGGGAUACUUCCAAGAGGCAACACGAUCGUGGCACUGAGCUUGCUCCCUACUCCAGAGCUGAGCGCUACAAAGCACAGGAGGACCGUCGGGAGUCCAGGCUAACCCUGCGCCCCCCAAGCCUGGCAGCCCCAUAUGCCCCCGUUCAAAACUGGCAGCACCAGCCCGAGAAGCUCAUCUUCGAGUCCUGCGGGUAUGAGGCCAAUUACUUGGGCUCCAUGUUGAUCAAAGACCUCCGAGGGACAGAGUCUACACAGGACGCCUGUGCCAAGAUGAGGAAAUCCACGGAGCACAUGAAGAAGAUCCCAACCAUAAUCCUGUCCAUCACGUAUAAAGGGGUGAAGUUCAUUGAUGCCUCCAACAAGAAUGUCAUUGCUGAGCACGAGAUCCGGAACAUUUCCUGUGCUGCUCAGGACCCUGAGGAUCUCUGCACGUUUGCCUACAUCACCAAGGACCUGCAGACCAGCCAUCACUACUGCCAUGUCUUCAGCACUGUAGAUGUGAACCUGACGUACGAGAUCAUCCUCACGUUGGGGCAGGCAUUCGAGGUCGCCUACCAGCUCGCCCUGCAAGCCCAGAGAGCAAAGCCUCUGGGUGCUGGAGCAGGAGAAAUGAUUGAAACAAAAUCUUCCAAACCGGUGCCUAAACCACGAGCAGGCAUGAGGAAAUCCGUGCUGGAUCCCCCUGAAGUGGACCAAGACUCCCAGUCUCAUGCCAGUGUCUCCUGGGUCGUGGACCCCAAGCAGGACUCCAAGCGGACCCUCAGCACUAACUGCUCGCCCUGAGCCCGCGUAGGCACCGCGUCCGAGGCAGCAGCACUUAUGAAACUGUAGACUUAAAGGCUUUUGUACCUGAUCGCUGCUGAACACUGUGAAUCUCCUUCCUCAGAAACGAGGGUAACGCGCUGUAGCUGCCCGUGAGGCAGGAGGAGCAGAGAGGGCAGGCUGCCGGUCGGAGAUGUGCAUCCAGGAAAGCCGCCCACCGUUUUCACGUCUUCUCCCCUCACUCUGGCACUGUGAAUCCCUGGGGCAAUGUGAUACUCCCCAGGCCUUUUUUUUGUAUCUCACCUUGUCCUUGGACUGAUGGAGACCUCUUGUCUCUAUGGUGCACACGCUCCCUCCUCCUAGAUCCUCCUCUUCCCGACUGAGCCACGGCUGUUUACUGUUCAGUGAACUCACCUCUCCUUCCCUGCCAGUCGAACCGACACUAACCACUGUGAUGCUCUCUGCAGAUAACACAUGGGCACUUCCAUUUCCUCACGGCCACCCUGGCCCACGGUUUCCCUCCUCAAAACUCAGCACAGAACUUGCUCUGGGUGGUGGGGGAGCGUUGGUUUGGGCCAGGUGUGAUCAUUCCCACUGUGAGCUUUUCCCCUCGGAGAUGAGGGGCGGGUUGGUUGCAUGCAUUUCAGUCCCUUGUAGGUUUUUCUUCCCCUCGUAGUCCUUGUGUUUACACUCACCAGACUUCUCAUGGGUGCUGGGUGUAGUUCUCACGUGGCAGCCUGUGGUUAAGCUUCCAAAGGCACGUGUUGUUAGCCCCAGGCUGGGGAGGGAAGGUGUCAGCUGGACACCACAAGCAGCAUCAGCAGGGAGAGGUCAGAGAGCAGCCCUGGGUUAUUUGCCCCUGGUGUUAGGGCCCAGCAGCUUGUCUGAGUUUUGCUGUGGCUUUGGAACUGCUGCCUCAGAGCUUCCAUUCCCCCUCACCUGUGGUGAAAUCUGAUGUUUCGGUCCUUAUUUAGCUCUUUCUCAGGAAUGAGUUGGAUCUCCCAAGUCAUUUGCAACUUAAUGGCAAACUGACCUCAGACUGAGGGCUCAUCUAGUGGGAGCCCAGUGAGAGGACUAAAAGUGUUAUCUUAAAGCAAAAAAAACACAAAGGAAAGCUCAGUCUAGUACAGACAUUUCAUAUGCCACAGAGUCAGCACUGCCCAGGGCCUGCCACCCUAGCCCUUUUGGAUAGCAGAACAUUGCUAUGCUGAGGUGCUCCAGGAGAUUGGGUUUGGGUUCCAUCAGCACUUUUCCAAGCUGUAAGAGUGCCCUGAAGGUUUCUGUGCCCCUCUAAGAGAAACUCAGUCCCUGCCAUGGGUGGCAGAGCAGUUUCUACGUGUGGGUGUUCAUCACGCAGCUGCCACACGUCCACCCAGUGUCAGAGGCUCUGAGCUCUUCACUUCCCCCUGCUCUCAGCUGGGAAGGGCAGGUCCCUCCGUGCCCCCUAAAUCCAGGUCACGAGAGCAUGUGCCUUUCUAAGGGUGACCAAAUCCAGCGGGGUCACAGGCAGCCCUUCCGAAACCGCGCCGCCGCUGCUGCUCUGUGUCCGUAGCCCUGACGAUUUUUGUGUCCCAUCUGCGAGCCGUUCUCCUCGCCUUUCCCAGCACGUGUUUUUUGUAUGCCUCGGAAAUUCAUUCCAUUAUCUUCCUUUCUGUUUGCCUCUGCGAAGCUGAGCUCCGGGCAGCCGUCUCCUACCACGGGAUGUAGUAGCGGGGCAGAGACCUGGGACGCGGCGGCCUCCUGACAUGAAGAUCAUCUCCCUCUGGCACGGGUGGCUGCCUCGGAGUGGCUGCGUGGCUGCUCGGUGAGGGCUCCCAGAGCAGCCCUCUGGGGGAAGGGACCCAGCCUCCGCCGAGGAAAGCCGCUCUCUCCGUUCCUAGCGAAGGAAAACUCGAGACUCGGAGGCCGAGAGCGAUGUCACCUUUUCUAGUUUGAGACAAAACGUCUUUCGACCCGUUUCUUUUUUAACGAAGUGACACAGAGCAAAUCCGGUUCACGGUUUUAAGGUAGCGCUGCAGUUUUUUGGUGAGGAGAAAAAACCCCACCAAAAUUUUAUUUACUGAGAAUCCCGCAGUCUGGCGAGGAGCAUGAUAGAAAGUCUUAGCAGGGGCGUGGUGUGCGCAUUUCUGACGGUACUUACUCUGCUUCAGCUCUGGGUGAACAGGAGAGAACUCCAAAUUCUCAGAGAUCGCUUCCUCCCACGUGAGAACCUGGUGAGAUAAGUCUGCAUCCUGUUCUCCAAGCCACUCCAAGCUUUUGUAGCAAAUGGAAGUAAAUUGAGGAAAAGAAUCUGCAAAGGAUUUUUCACCCCAGAGCAGCUGUGGCCAAUACCCCCGAUGGUACAAAGCUUCCUUAUCCCCCCAGCUGUCAUGUUGCAAUACUUGACAUUUCUAUGGCAAGGACCCCGUUUCUUCCCGUUUCCGCACUGAAUUCCUGGGGACUACUCCCUGCUCCAGCCUCUGUGCACCUGUCUUGUUUUUAAAUGCAGUUAUGCCCUGAAGGGUUGGGGGUUUUUUAAGUAUAUUCAAUUGUGAUUUAGCACUUUUUUGAUACUAGCUCAUUAUUUAAUUAGUGCAACCGUUUCAGAAGAUGAACAAAUAAGGAGUUAAAUUUUGGGCAUUACGCUGAAACAGUCCAUCCCCAAGGACAAACCACAUCAGCCUGAGGGUGGCUUGGCCCUGUCUGAGCCCAGCGUCCCCAAAGGCAAGCACCUCAGAGGUGCUGUGUGCUUGCUUUUACUCCAAAUUACAGUGUUUCACAGUGGUUUGGGCUGUGACUGACGUGUUUUCAGACUGUUCCCCUCUGGGAAGAAUGUUAAAAUGGUUGUGAUUUGAAUUCUUCAGAUGCAAAGUGUAGUGCAGCGCAUCCAUCAUGAUCUCGUCAGGCCCUGUCAGGGCUGUGGGACCUGCUGCCACAUGGGAAUGCUGUGCCCGAGUAAUUCCUGUUUAACUCCAGUUGCUGCUGUAUGUCAGGAUUUCCUUUAGUCUCUCUCACCAGUGAGGCUGGGAGAGAAGUGAACCAUAAUCCCAAGGGCACAGACCUGUAAAGGAUUGGGAAGGGGGAGUGGAGAUUUUGGGUUAAGCCGAUAAAUUUAGGAAACCUAACAUUCCUUGUUAUGCACAUGUUGCAAUUCAUACUGGUGUAAGUGUAAAUAUUUGGUGUGUUGGCAACAAGUCUUCGGUGAGAUUGCAAAUUGAAACUCUGCUUGGGAGGAGGGACACCUUUCCUUUCUGACACGUGAGCUUUUUUGGAGGUUGGCUUGGAGGUGACAUGGUGAUGAAGACUCCAGUCUUCAGGCACUGGGCUCAGUGACCCUGGUGGUCCACUCCAGCCCCAUGUGUAAACCUAUGGUUGUCUUUAGUGAUCCAUUCUUUAGCCAGAUACUCCCUUUCUCACCUCACAGACAGAGCAGUUGUUUUGGCAGUUCAGUGUGGUGUGGUCUCUCUCAGGACUCGGUGCUGGAGACAGACUCUGGGCUGUGCCAGUCGCUGGCUCCUGCCCAUCCUCACCCACCCACUGUGCAGUGUUGGGGCUCUUCCUCCCUGCAGGGUUUUGUGCUAUCUGGAGGAAAGUGCCCCAGAUUUCUGGUGCUGAACAUAACAUUGCAUCCAACUGCAUCUGCUGUAUUACCUGCCUGGGAGGAGCUGGGGCUGCCCUGGGCCUUGUUCCUCUCUUUAAAGACAGAUUGUGUUUUGCAGACUUUGGUUUGUGGGCAGAGCCCUCACUCACGGCCAGCAAAUGGAGUUGCCGAGUUUUGUCUUUCUUUUUAUAGGAGGGGAUGAUUUUUUUUUUUCAAAUUGAAGAUGCUUUAUCCUUUUUUUAUUUUGUGUUUACAAAGGAAAAAAAAAAAACAAAACAGCGCUAAUCUUAGCUGUUGAACUGACUCAAACUUGCUUUGGGGUUGUUCUUUUUAGAUGAAAUUAUGCAACUUUUUUGGUGUACACACCUGUUCCCCCUCCCAGGGAGAAGAUGCAGCACCUUCCAGGCUGUACCUGUAGUGAAGUCUGUACCUUCAGGAGGCUGCUGAGACACAGAGCAGAUGCCAAAAAGCCCCAAACACAUCCCAUUCUGUGUGCAGCUGAGGUGGAUCCAAUGCUUUAAUGCUCCUUCUAUCCACCUCAGAAGUUUCCAGCAGCAGCAUUUCCCCGGCUCUGCUCCGAUCCGUGUUUUGGAGCCGGCACAGCACUCGCAACGCUGUCAUGCUGCAAAGGUCUCCCUUUUAGAUCUCACACUGGUAUUACCUGAUUUUUUUUUCCCAAAAGAAAAGUACCUGUGCUGUUCUCGCUAAGUCAACCCAGCUCAGACAUUUUUCUUACCCACAGAAGAAUAACCUGGGAUUCCCUGACAGGGCAGAGACAGUCAAGUUCAGUUUGCAAUGUGGACAUUUUUGCUAAUUGUGAUGUAUGGCAGUGGGGCUGAUUUGUAAUACAAAUGUUAUUUAAUCUGUCUGUAUUUUGAUACUUGAAUUUCCUUUUAUUUCCUGUAUAUACAGUUGUUAAUCUGUUCAAAUUUGUCUGAAUUUUAAACAUCUUGUGGUACCAAACAUAACCAAUCUGUGCAACAACAUAGACUGACCUCACUACAACAAGGCGAGAUUGUAAAUAUUCCUGGGCUUCCAGCAGUCGUUUUGUUGUUUUCAAAAUUGUACAACUUAGAACAGACCGAAUUAAUAAACAACCUUAGACACAA